UGCAGGAUGGCCUGCUGUCCAUGCAGCUGAAGGUUUCCGCCCCCAUCAGCCCUGCCUGCGUGCCGGAUGCUCACUAGCUCACUACACCGGAGUGGCCGAGUGGAGCUGCACCUUUAACACCGCCGCCGGCCUACAGAACCGCGCAUGACGCUCAUCAACCAAAGAAAUAAACUCAUACCAGUGCUGGGAUGUCACUCGUGCUUCAGGAAGAUGCAGUUUGCAGUCUGCUUUGCUUUACUCAUUAAUCAGGAAGUACGUCCAGACCGUCGUGUUGUUCGUUGCUGCGGAUUACCUCACGUAGUAUCACCUGGUAUUGGAUGUUGGAAUGGAAGUUGGUGUAUAUGAGCACCCAUACCUGAUACCAGUACUGAUGGGUACUGAUGCCUCCGUAGAUGCUGGGUAGACAUGUUCUCCAAAGGCACCAAGCGCAAGUUUCCCAGCGAUGACGAUGAGAUGUCGGACGAGAGCCUGGCCAGCGCCAAGGUGUCCUCGUCGUAUAGUCUACAGCGCCAGUCUCUUCUGGACAUGUCCCUCAUCAAGCUGCAGCUCUGCCACAUGUUGGUGGAGCCCAACCUGUGCCGCUCUGUGCUCAUCGCCAACACGGUGCGGCAGAUCCAGGAGGAGAUGACCCACGACGGCAGCUGGGUGGUCACCGAGGCCUUCUGCAGCGGGACCCAGGGCCCUUCCGAACGCCUAGUGGCCACCGAGGUGCUCUGCCGGUCACGAGAGCAGGAAGCCGAGCCUAAGCUCUUCUCGGUUAUCAGCUACGAAGGAAUCAGCCGCGAGGAAGAGGUUGUGGCGGACGAGACGCUGUGUUCGGUCUCGGUGCACGACUCCGCCUCUGACGUGUGUCUCUCGGAGACCUCGCGUCGUUGCUGGGACGAGACCGAGGACUCCCCGGAAAGCUCCAGGCUUGGUCCAGGAGACGACGAGGACGACGAAGACGAGGAUGAAGAUGACGAACAGGAAAGUUCCUCCAGGGAGGAUCCGAAGGCAAUGGGGCAGGUUUUCGGAACGUUCGAGAUCAAGAACGGUGCCUCGGGUCCGGACUCGGCUCUCGAGGAAUUGUUCUCGGACGUGGAUGCGUCGUAUUACGACCUCGACACCAUGCUCACGGGCAUUCAGAGCACGGCGCCCAAGAUGGGUCCGUACGACCUGCUGGACAGUUUGAGUCCCUCUCACACGCCGACGUCUAUAAACUCGCCGUCAAACUGCCGCUCUGAUCUUAACGAACUGGACCACAUCAUGGAGAUCAUUGUCGGCUCUUAGACGAGAGGCGGCUCUGAGACUAGUACACGUUUUCCUCUUAAUGUUUUUUCUACCUGUUGUGGAAGUUCAGUCUGCAGUCCUUUCAGGGAAAGGAGUGUGUGUCUUCUAAAGAAUGGCCUUGAUUUUAUGAGCUGACUAGUUACCCUUUAUAUGUGUGUCCCCCCCCCCCCCCCCCCCCCCUUUGUCUUUUUUAUUUUUAUUUUUAUUUUUAAUUUUUUUAAUUUAUUUCUUUAUUGCGUCCAUUAACACUACAUACAGGAUGGAGUGCAGAGCCAGAUGUAUACAAAAGAUAUUUUCAUAAAGAUGAAAUUGCCUAACUGUAAAAUGACAAAUAUAUAUUUUUACAAUAGAUACUGCUUGUUAACUGUUACAGUGCACUCGUCAUCGGUUUCCAACAUUAUGGUUCUAAACAGAUUCGCAAAUCGGUGGACGUCAUGUUGUGGCUUUUUUUUUUUUUUUUCCUUAUCCCUUUCGGGAUUCAGAAAUGGCAGUAAGAAUACAGCAAUGCAUGACUUAUUUUUAUUGUAACACACUUUUAGGUGCAUUUUGGCACCCAGCGUAUUUUUCCCAUCAGUAUCUGGGCAAAUCGUCAGCCUGUAUUUUAAUAUUAGAAGUCAUAGUGUUCUUUUAUUUGUUUUAUCGACAAAUGAAGAAUGAUGGGGGAGGGGCCGCCCCAUUCUAUAUAGUGACUUUUAAUUUAUUUUUAUUUAUUUGUUGCAAACUUUACAUGUUGAGUGUUGGCUUUGGUCAAACUCAGGGCAGAAGAGACUUCACGGGCCUGAUUCACCCCAAAUCCUUCAACCAGUAGUACAUUUUAAUUUAACGCGUUUUAUUAUUUUGUCGGUUUUAAAGCCUUCGAUGUGUGCAAAGGGCCGUCGUGAUGCAUUAUGUCCCACUAUUUUGAUGCACAUCUACAGAUCUAAGGAUAACAUAAUUCAGUCGUAGCUUUAUUUUCGGCUGCCUUUCGUUAUAAAGUCUCUGAUCAGGUAAAGAAAUCCUGAAUCUGAUGUCGUGUUUUGCAGCCUGCUGUCUAAACGCAGCCUCGUAAUGAGCUGUACACUUUCUCUGAUCCUAUGCAUUGAGUGUCGCAAUACACUUCCUAUGCACAAAGUGUUCGAGCACAUUUUAAAGUACAGUAUUGACUUUAACUUUGUAUUUUUGACCGUCAGAAAGAGGACAGGGUUUCAACGAUUGUCUUCCUAUUUACAGAAACUUCAAUUCAGUCAUCGAUUCUGAAACCAGUUCUUAUAGUUAAAGAAAAACGUUAAAAAGACGAUUACAGUACAUUUAAUUUGAGUGGAUGUAAUUCCUCUCUGCUUUACGUCGGUUUCAUUUUUAAGUAUGAUAUAAGUCUAGAGUAGAGCAUAAAAAACAUUUUAUAUGUGCAUUGUAGCAUUUUUAUAACAUUUUUAAUAAAAAAAGCACAAAUUCAA